AUAAAUUUAUUGGUCACGUUUGAACGAGAUAGCAACUUCAUACCGGCAAACAUGGCGGACAAAACUGAGAAAGAAGAUACUACUGUAAGCGAAAAGAAGGAAACUAAGAAGAAAGAUGAAAAGGAUAAAGAAACUGAAAUGUCUGAAGAAGAUAAACAGUUGCAGGAGGAAUUGAACAUGUUGGUUGAGCGUUUAAAGGAAACUGACCAGAAGCUAUACAAACCAGCACUGGAAAGUCUUCGCUCACAGAUAAGGGCUUCUACCACAUCAAUGACCUCUGUGCCAAAACCGCUUAAGUUUCUCAGACCCCACUACGAUUCUAUUAAGGAGGUCCAUGAAAAAAUUAUAGACAAUGAAACAAAGCGCUUUUGUGCUGACAUUGUGUCUGUCCUGGGUAUGACAAUGACUGACGGCAGAGAAAGUUUGAAGUACCGCCUCCUUGGUUCCAAGGAAGAGAUUGGUUCCUGGGGUCACGAAUAUGUCAGACAUUUAGCAGGCCAAGUAGCACUGGAAUGGCAGGACACUGAUGAGGCCAACAGCUCGAUGCGUGAAUCUCUGCUGACAAUGACAAAGGAGCUAGUACCUUACCAUAUGGACCAUAAUGCAGAGGCUGAAGCCUGCGACCUCCUCAUGGAAAUAGAGCGACUUGACAUCCUCCAUAACUAUGUAGAUGAAAAUGCUUACCCACGAGUUUGUCUCUAUCUCAUUAGUUGUGUGCCAUAUGUCCCUGACCCAGAAAAUCUUACCCUGCUGAAGACAGCGGUCGACCUAUACAGGAAGUUCAAGCAGUUCCCACAGGCCUUACGUUGUGCUAUGCAGCUCAAUGAUAUGAAGCUCAUUGAGGAAAUAUUCCUCUCCUGUAAAGAUAUGAUGAUGCAAAAGCAGCUGGCUUACAUGUUGGGGAGACAGCAGAUAUACCUAGAGCUUGGGGACGAUGUGGAGGAGUUUGACGAGAUGACAGAGAUUAUGUCUAAUGCCCACCUCAACAACAAUUUCCUUGCCUUGGCAAGAGAGUUGGAUAUUAUGGAACCCAAAGUGCCAGAAGAUAUCUACAAGUCACAUUUAGAACAAAGUCGUACCACCAUAGGUCCAAGUAACGUAGAUUCAGCACGGCAAAACUUGGCUUCAUCAUUUGUAAACGGAUUUGUGAAUGCAGCAUUUGGCCAGGACAAACUAUUAAUGGAGGAUGGAAAUAAGUGGCUGUAUAAAAACAAAGAACAUGGUAUGUUGAGUGCCACAGCGUCUUUAGGUCUGAUCCUGUUGUGGGAUGUGGACGGUGGUCUAACACAGAUAGACAAAUACUUAUACUCUUCUGAAGACUUUAUCAAGGCGGGGGCUCUCCUGGCCUGUGGUAUUGUAAACUCAGGUGUAAGGAAUGAAUGUGACCCGGCACUCGCCCUCCUGUCAGACUAUGUCAUGCACACAACAGCAAUCAUGAGGAUUGGGGCUAUAGUUGGCCUUGGUCUAGCAUAUGCAGGGUCUAACAGAGAAGAUGUAUUAACGCUUAUACUGCCAGUACUCGGUGACAGCAAAGCUUCUAUGGAGGUUGUAGGGAUGGCGGCCUUGGCUUGUGGUAUGAUAUCUGUGGGAAGCUGUAAUGGAGAUGUUACCUCUACCAUCAUACAGACCAUGAUGGAGAGGUCUGAAGCUGAUCUUAAGGAUACAUACUCACGAUUUCUGGCCCUCGGACUUGCUCUGACAUACCUAGGUAAACAGGAUGCUGUUGAGGCUACUCUGGUGGCACUUGAAGUGAUUGCAGAGCCUCUUAAGUCAAUGGCGCGAAUGCUGGUUGAUGUGUGUGCCUACGCUGGCACUGGGAAUGUACUGAAAAUCCAACAUUUGUUGCAUGUCUGCUCUGAACACGAUGAGUCCAAAGACCAGGAAAAUAAUGAAAAGAAAGAUGACAAGAAGAAAAAGGAUACUAAAGAAAAAGAAAAGGAAAAAGAAAAAGAGUCAACAAGUGCAGAUCUAUCUUCACAACAGGGAAUUGCAGUAUUAGGUGUGGGUUUGAUAGCUAUGGGGGAAGAAAUUGGUUCAGAAAUGUCUUUUAGAGCUUUUGGACACUUGCUGCGAUAUGGUGAACCGGCAAUAAAGCGAGCAGUACCACUUGCCCUUGGUCUGAUUUCUGUGUCUAACCCCAAAUUAAAUAUUCUGGACACACUGAGCAAGUUCUCUCACGACAAUGACACUGAGGUGGCCCAUAAUGCUAUUUUGUCCAUGGGCCUUGUUGGAGCAGGAACAAAUAAUGCUCGUCUAGCUGCUAUGUUAAGACAAUUAGCUGUGUACCAUGCUAAGGACCCUAAUAACUUGUUCAUGGUGCGUCUAGCACAAGGUCUGGCUCAUUUGGGCAAGGGAACACUGACUCUUUCUCCCUACCACAGCGACCGAACCCUCAUGUCACCAGUCGCAGUCGCCGGGCUUAUGGCUGUCCUCGUCUCCUGUCUUGAUGUAAAAAAUCUCAUCCUAGGUAAAUCUCAUUACAUCUUAUACCACCUUGUGGCGGCCAUGCAGCCGCGUAUGUUAACUACCUUCGAUGAGGAACUUCGACCACUUCCUGUUCCUGUGAGAGUUGGACAGGCUGUUGAUGUAGUUGGGCAAGCAGGUAAGCCAAAAACCAUCACUGGAUUCCAGACACAUACCACACCAGUACUGUUGGCUUAUGGCGAGAGGGCGGAACUUGCCACGGAGGAAUACCUACCGCUGAGUCCACUGAUGGAAGGCUUCGUAAUACUGAGAAAGAAUCCGGACUACGAGGACUGAUAACAUGUUGACUAGACAGCAAUCUGCCUGGCUAUUUAUGGUGUGGAGAUAUAGAGACAGUUCUGCAUUAUAAUUCAUCACUUAAGCCUUACAAGACUUCAAGUGUAGACAUGGAAAAAUCUGGAUUUGGGCUGCUCUGCUUGUUAGGGAAAAAAGAUGUCUUGGGCUCUUUGUAUUAGUGACUAAUUGGUUGUUUGAACAAUUUCAAUUUUAAAAAUUUCAAAAGUGCUUGGAAUAAAUGCAGCCACCGUCGGAGAAUUAUUCAAUAGGACCAAGUAACUCUAUUAGUGUUAUUGGAAUUACCACACUGUCUACUGUCAAUGUAAAGCCUGCAAGUGAUUUUAUCUGGGAGACUACUUAACAGAUAAGAUCAUUUUAGUCACCUAAAUGUGACAAAAUAUUUAUGAAAUCAUGUCACGUGCCCAGUUUUUGGAAUCUUGUGAUAUUGAAUUAUACAUUAUUUACACUGUAGUGCAUAUUGUUUAUAAGAAAUGUUCCUAAAAGUGGCUCAUGUAUUGAUUGAUGUUAUGUCUUAAAAUCUGACGACAUAGUGCUAUAUUGUGAUAACAAUAUGAGAAAUUGUAGUAACGACAUACUCCUGCUUUGAGUGUUCAAACAAGUUGUUCCAGCAAUGUAAAAUGCAGAUUUAUAAAAAAAAAAGAAAAGGAAACACUUGUUCAUCUAAGUUAAGGAUUCUUUGUAUGAAUGCAAAUAAUUGAUUGUGAGUUGUGUGUUGAGUAUGAGAGUUGCUAUGUUAGGAUCUGAAUGGAACAUAUGUAUGGUUGACAAAGAUUCAGUUUUGAUAGAAAAACAAAUUAAAAAAUUGUGAAACAUCA